AUGAAUCAUGAACAUUAUCAUGAGCGUUUCGACUUUGUUAAAUCAACUCUCCAGCUCAAUAAUCUAGAAGCGACGAGCAUUGAGCCAGUCGAAUAUGACAUGAACGGCCCCCCAUUUCCCUACAACAAUUUCAUCUACCUUGUCACUCUUUCAUCGCCGACAACUACAACGAUCAAGAUCAAAUCUUCCCAGUUUGAUGAAUUCCAACCAGGCACUGUGCCAUUCCCAGCAAAUGCUACGUCCCUGAUUUUCAGACUCGCGAAUUCCCAUCCAGGAACUGGAUUAAAUAACACCAACCGUGUUGAAAAUGAAGUCGCCUUUAUGACCCUUGUCCGACAGGCACUUGCGAAGUCCAAAUACAGUCAUAUUGUUCCAGAUGUAUACGCUUGGGCUAGCACAUCUAGUGGUCAGAGUUUUAGUAUACAGCAAUACAUGCAUGGGACCAUGCCUGACAGAGGAUUCGAGGAUUUGACUCUACAGGAUAAAUCAGUUGUGCUCGGACAAAUGGCCGAUAUCCUAGCCCUACUCCAGCAGUUCAAGAUUCCAACGACAGUGGAUAGAUUCGGAGGACUGAAGUUUGAUGAAGAUGGGAAGGUUGUCAGCGCGCAGAUGACUUUAUUCAAGGGCGAGCCUUGUACAACUUACAAGGACUUCUUAAGCGCUAUAUUCAAAGUCAAGUUUCAAGAAGCUGAUGAGAACCCUGUGAUCCGAGGUUGGAAAGAGAAUGGUGUAAGAGCGAAACUUGAAAAUUUUAUCGAUUAUCGACUUAAAGAGACCUUAGAGGAUUAUGAGGACGUCCGCAGAGUUCUCGUUCACUCUGAUUUUACAACAAAUAAUCUCCUCUUCGAUGCCACCACUCUUCAGGUGACUGCGCUACUAGAUUUUGACUUCUCUUAUAUUGGUACAGUCGCAGAUGAAUUCAUGGGAUUCUCUUUUGGUAAUAUAUCAGGUGGUAAGCUUCCAGGACCAUAUGAAAGCGCAUCUAAUCUCAACCUUCGCAAUGCAAUGCUCACGGGCUUUUCAAAAUCUUUCCUAAAUGCGGACUGCUCAGAGGACCAAUGGGAUGUAGCAAAAGCAUGGGACGAGGAGCUCGCCCGGGCAGGUGCAGCAAGGCCUCACACUAUCUCACAUUUUGAGCAAAUCGCAGACAUUUACUGGCUCCAGGAUAAACGCCCUUCCUUUCUGCUGCGCAUGGUGCAGCGCUGGCUGACCCUCGUGUUGGGCAUGGUUGUUGCGGCGCUGGCAAUUCUCAUUGUGGUGCUUGCCACACAAUUGCGUAGGCAGUCGGGCUUCGCUGGUGCUAGCAUGGUCUCCAUCAUGACCUUUGGCAAGUUCAUAGCCGCCAUCAUCCAGAACUACACGCUGCUGGAGACGUCAAUGGGCGCUGUUACCCGGUUGAAGACAUUCAGCGAGUCCACGCCUGUCCAGGAUCCCCCAGGUGAGCACACUGCGCCUCCCUCAUCUUGGCCAGAUAGGAGUGUCAUUGAAAUACAAGAUGUCACCGCAUCUUAUGCUGGGAAAUCGUCCAUCACUCUGCUUCUCCUGGGCCUGCUGGACCCGAUCCAGUUCUCCAAGUACACCCUCUCCAUUGACGGUCUUCCUUUGGACACCAUCGAUCGCGAUGCUCUACGUGACCGGCUCAUUUCAGUUCCUCAAGAUCCAGUCUUUCUCCCUGACGGCACUUCAUUUAAGGGCAACCUGGAUUCAACCGACACCGACACCGAUGCCGACUGCCGGGUUGCGCUCGAGAAGAAGGCUUGUGGGACUUUGUGCUAG